AUGGUUAGCCUGUGUGCGCUGGCUAGCCUCGUGGAACAGCAUGAGGAGAGACAGCGCAUUUGCGGACCCAAUGGACACUGCUACCAAAGUUCUCCGAUCAGCAGAGCAUGGACGCAGACACAUCUACAGUCGAGCACCCAUAGGGAUGCACAUCUUGAGGAACAUUGUUACUGCACAAGGAGCAGUAUUAAAAUGUUAAAAGCGGUAUUAAAAAAGAGCCGAGACGGUGCAAAGGGGAGCAAGAAAGAAUCAGCAGGUGACUCCUGCCCAGAGAAUGUACUGCACAUUAUUGCGACAUCUGGCUACAGUGCAGAUUCUCCCAUUGGUAAUCAGCCUGUACCUGAGGAUAUGUAUAGACUAAACUUGACUAAAGGAGUCUCAAUGUCUUUGCCAUCAUCACCUUUGCUGCCACGCCAGUCUUACUUGAUGCAAACAAGAUCAAACAAAAAAUCCCCAGGUCCGAUCAGGAAGCCCAAGUACGUGGAAAGUCCCAGAGUGCCAGGAGAUGCGGUGGUUGUUCCAUCGAGAAAAGUAUCAGAGCCAACAGAACCCAAUCAAAAUGAAGGAAAGCCUGAUAAAGAAUCAAACUGUUCACCUGCAGCACAAGAACUGAUGACAAGAUUGGGAUUUUUACUGGGAGAAGGGAUCCCAACCUCUGGACACAUAACUGUAGAAGAAAAAAAUGAAACCAUGUGCACAGUAACCAGUCAAGGAGUCAGCCCCUGCUCUACACUAACAAGCAGCACUACGUCACCCAGCACUGAUAGUCCCUGCUCAACGCUGAAUAGCUGUAUUGGCAAAACAGCAGCUAAUAAAAGUAGUCCCUGUGGGACCAUUAGCAGCCCUAGCUCCACACUGGAAAGCAAGGACAGUGGAAUUAUAGCAACCAUAACAAGUUCAUCUGAAAAUGAUGAUCGCAGCGGAUCCAGUUUGGAAUGGAGUAAGGAUGGGAGUCUCAGGGCUGGUGUACAUCAAGGAAUUAUUCACGAUCGAAGGGCAGAUAAUUGUUCACCGGUUGCAGAAGAGGAGACAGUUGGGUCUGCAGAGAGUUUGUCUAAAGAGGAAGUGUGUACUGGAGAUGGGCCUGUUCCCUAUACACCAAGUUCUAGCUCUUUAAUAAUGCCUCGUCCCAACUCUGUGGCAGCAACAAGUUCAACCAAGUUAGAAGAUUUGAGCUAUUUGGACGGACAAAGGAAUACUCCAUUACGCACCUCAAUUCGCUUGCCUUGGCAUAACACUGCAGGAGGAAGAGUACAACAAGAAAUUAAAGCACGUUUUGCCCCCUAUAAGCCUCAAGACAUUUUGCUAAAGCCACUAUUGUUUGAAGUGCCAAGCAUAACAACAGACUCUGUGUUUGUCGGAAGAGACUGGCUAUUUCAAAUGAUCGAAGAAACCUUGAAGAAUCCGGAGCUGGAAGAAAACAGGGGAGCAGUUAUUAUUGGAAAUGUGGGAUUUGGAAAGACUGCUAUUAUUUCAAAGCUGGUGGCACUUAGCUGCCAUGGAAGUCGCAUGAGGCAAAUUGCUUCAAACAGCCCUAAUUCAUCCCCCAAAAGCAGUGACCCCUGUCAAGAGAUUCCCCUCACUAAAUUACCACCAACUGCUCCUCCCACAAAUAGUAACAAUACAAUGAAGAUUCUGAGUUGUCCUGGUACUCCUGAACAUCAAAAUCAAAUGGACAAAUCUGUGAGAUGUCUUGCUUCAAAGGUUGUUGCUUACCACUAUUGCCAAGCUGACAACACAUAUACGUGUCUUGUCCCAGAAUUUGUGCACAGUAUUGCAGCUUUACUUUGCCGGUCACAUCAGUUAACAGCAUAUAGAGAUCUUCUGAUAAAAGAGCCUCAUCUACAAAGUAUGCUUAGCCUUAGGUCCUGUGUCCAAGAUCCAGUAGCAGCUUUUAAAAGAGGAGUGUUGGAACCACUUGCAAACCUCAGGAAAGAGCAGAGAAUUCCAGAGGAAGAAUACAUCAUUUUGAUAGAUGGUUUAAAUGAGGCUGAAUUCCAUAAACCUGAUUAUGGUGACACACUUUCUUCAUUUAUCACAAACAUUAUCUCUAAAUUUCCUUCCUGGUUGAAGCUGAUUGUGACUGUAAGAACUAACUUUCAGGAAAAUACGAGUUCACUACCCUUUUUCAAAAUAUCCCUAGAUGACUUCCCAGAUAACAAAGAAAUCCAUGGUGACUUGAAUUCAUAUAUUCAGUACAGGAUCAAUAGCAGUCAGGAAAUUAUAAACAAUAUAUCUUUAAAUGGGAAAGCUGAUGCAGCCAUAAUCGGGAAAGUGAGUAACCACCUGAUCAUGAAGAGCUUGGGAUCUUACCUCUAUUUGAAACUGACACUGGAUCUUUUUCAGAAAGGUCACUUGGUGAUAAAAAGUGCAAGCUACAAGGUAGUUCCUGUGUCUCUAUCAGAACUUUAUUUGCUACAGUGCAACAUGAAGUUCAUGACCAACUCUGCUUUUGAGAGAGCACUGCCAGUGUUAAAUGUGGCACUAGCAUCCCUUCAUCCCAUGACAGAUGACCAGAUUUUCCAAGCUAUUAAUGCUGGUCAAGUAAAUGGUGAACAGGACUGGGAAGACUUCCAACAGAGGAUGGAGGCCCUUUCGUGCUUUCUGAUAAAAAGGCGUGACAAAACACGUAUGUUCUGCCAUCCUUCCUUCAGGGAAUGGCUUGUUUGGAGAGCGGAUGGUGAAAAUACAAACUUCUUAUGUGAGCCAAGGAAUGGGCAUGCUCUACUGGCAUUCAUGUUUUCUCGGCAAGAGGGAAAAUUAAACCGUCAGCAAACGAUGGAACUUGGUCAUCACAUUCUUAAAGCACACAUUUUCAAGGGUCUCAGUAAAAAAACUGGAAUUUCUUCCAGUCACCUUCAAUCCCUGUGGAUUGGAUAUAGCACAGAUGGAUUGUCAGCUGCCCUUGCUUCUCUGAGAAACCUCUAUACACCUAAUGUGAAGGUGAGUCGUCUGCUGAUCUUGGGGGGAGCAAAUGUGAAUUACAGGACUGAAGUUCUAAAUAACGCUCCAAUACUGUGUGUUGAGUCUCACCUGGGACAUGAAGAAAUGGUCACUCUUCUGGUGGAAUUUGGAGCUGCUCUUGAUGGGACAUCUGAAAAUGGAAUGACCCCACUUAGCUAUGCAGCCGCUGCAGGUCACAUGAACUUGGUUUCACUGCUCUGCAAAAAGGGUGCAAGGGCUGACUACCUGGACAAAAAAGGCCAAUGUGCUUUGGUCCAUAGUGCAUUAAGGGGACACUGCGAUAUCCUUGAUUAUUUGCUCAACAUUGACUGGACAGCUGCUUCCCAUGAACAAAUUUCACUGAAAAAAUGUCAUGCACUUCAGCAGGCAUUGACAGCAGCUUCCAGUAUGGGACACAGUCAGGUGGUUCGUUACCUCUUUGGGGUUGAAAAGGAACAUGAAAUAGACAUUAAUAACACUGAUGCAUUGUGGGGAGAAACAGCCCUGACAGCUGCUGCAGGAAGAGGGAAAUUGGAAGUAUGCGAGUUACUGCUUGAACAUGGAGCUGUUGUGACAAGAGCCAACAGGAGGGGAAUCCCUCCACUUUUCUGUGCAGUGCGGCAGGGACAUUGGCAGAUUGCUAAAAUUCUGUUAGAUCACGGAUCUGAUGUGAAUUUAAGUGACAAGCAAGGCAGGACACCACUUAUGGUGGCUUCUUGUGAAGGACACUUGAGCACUGUGGAAUUUCUACUUUCCAAAGGUGCAGCCAUUUCAUCCCUGGAUAAAGAGGGGCUGACGGCACUGAGCUGGGCCUGCCUAAAGGGCCAUAGGGGAGUGGUUCAAUAUUUGGUUGAAAAAGGUGCAACAAUAGAUCAGAUGGACAAGAAUGGACGAACACCCUUGGAUCUGGCAGCUUUUUAUGGAGAUUCUGAUAUUGUGCAGUAUUUAGUAGAGAAGGGUGCAGUGAUUGAACACGUAGACUACAGUGGAAUGCGUCCAUUAGACAGAGCAAUUGGAUGUCGAAAUACGUCGGUAGUGGUCACACUACUUAGAAAAGGCGCCAAAUUAGGAAAUGCAGCGUGGGCAAUGGCCACUUCUAAACCUGAUAUUCUGAUUAUUCUACUACAGAAGUUGAUGGAAGAAGGAAACAUAAUGUACAAAAAAGGGAAGAUGAAAGAAGCAGCUCAGCGAUAUCAGUAUGCCUUAAGGAAGUUUCCUCGGGAAGGGUUUGGAGAAGAAAUGAAAGCUUUCAAUGAACUAAGAGUUUCCCUGUAUUUAAACCUGUCACGGUGUCGCAGAAAAACAAAUGAUUUUGGCAUGGCAGAAGAGUUUGCUACCAAGGCACUUGAUCUGAAACCCAAAUCCUAUGAAGCCUAUUAUGCUAGAGCAAGAGCCAAGAGAAACAGCAGACAGUUUCUUACAGCUCUUGCUGACCUACGUGAAGCCAUAAAAUUGUGCCCCAGUAAUCAAGAAAUCAAAAGGCUCCUAGCUAGAGUAGAAGAGGAGUGCAAACAGUUUCAGAGAACACAGCAACAAAAGCAGCAGUCUCCACAGCCAGCACAGCAGAAUGACUCUGACAAUGAGGAGGUUCUUGUCCAAGGAGUGAAUGAUCAUUUCAAUAUUGAAGAAAGAAAAGAAGAAUUUCCACACCAUGAUGACCCCCUUCCAUCUUCACAGAGGCUGCAGCGUUCCCAGACAGCUUCUCCCUACAGCAGAACCCUUCAAGAAGGCCUUCAGCAGAAAGCCAGACCCAUGUCCCCUCAGAAAAAAAAUGGGAGUAAAUAUCUGAGAGAACCAGGGUUGAUCAUGCAACCUACAAAGCAAGCACAGAUUGUGAAAACUAAUCAGCAUUUUAAUUCCAUUCAGCCUGGAUCAAGAACUGGAGCUACACUGUGUAGUGCAAAGACACAGUCUCCUUUUCAGCAUCUUCCCACAAAUGCUAUGCCUGUCCGACACCCUGGAAAUCUAACCAAUAAAAGUCAGCAUUUAGAUGGGCCAAACACUUUAUCAUCUGGAAGCAUUCCCACAGAUUUCAGCUCUGGAUUGUACAAUGAAAAGUUAGCAUCCAACCAGUGUCCCCAUUUACAGCAUAGUGAGAGUGUCUCUUCUCACUCUUUCACAAGCAAGGCCAAAACCACUGAUAGGCUUAAUGUCCUUGCACCUUCAGUCAUGGAGAAAGCAGCUCCAAUUCAAGGAAUUCAAAUGAAUUGCAGUGAAGCAAGGCAGCAAGCCUCUGUAACUAAUGUCGUCUCUUCUGGCUCUCCAUGUAGCAGCAUGAUCAUUUCCAGCUCAACCAAUAGUUUAACUUCAAGCAGCAGCUUUUCAGAUAGCGUGAAAGGGUUAGGGCCAGAUGUUCGAAUCAAGGAAAAUAAAGUUAGUCAAGUUCAGAGUGGUACGACUGAACACAGAUCUCGGAAUACACCAUUUAUGGGGAUCAUGGAUAAGACAGCAAGGUUUCAGCAGCAGAGUAAUCAAACCAAUCGCACUUGGCAUUGUCAGGCAUCUGAAGGAUUACUAACAGAUGCUUCUGGUGGGGUUGUUCAAUCUGUAAACUGUGAGCAAUUCUCUGCCAGACAGACAGGUGGAUACAGUAAUCAGACUAAAACUUCCUCUCCUGCUAUUGCCCCGGGAGAAAAUACCCAAAAUGGAAUGCAGCCUAAAGAACUUGAAGAGCUCAAGUGCCAAAUGCCUGCCCACUGUCAAGAUACCAGGAUGUCUAAAACAGUUCCUCAUUUCUAUCCAGAUGCUAUAUCUGAACAGCAGUCUCAUGUUAAUAAGGAAGGUCAUCUAAGUCCUGUCAGUUCUGCAAAACCAAAGCGAUCUUUCAUAGAGUCUAAUGUAUGA